GGAGGGAGGAGCGCGCAGCGCCAUGUGAGCGGCUGGCGGCGGGCAGCGGCCCUCGGGGAAGACAGAUGGGGUGAGAGACAGCGCGAGGUCCGGCUGUCAGCGCGGCCGCAGCCCCGCCGCGGAGGGAGCCCCUCCUCCCCGCGGGUGUGCGCCUCUCGCCUGGCCGGGGGGAGGCAUGGCGUCCAGCGAGGAGGACGGGGGCGGCAACGGCGCGGUGGAGGAGAAGGAGAACGGCAAGAAGAGGAGGCUGGGCGCCCUGGCCACGGCCUGGCUCAUCUUCUACAACGUCGCCAUGACGGCGGGGUGGCUGGUAUUAGGUAUUGCCAUGGUGCGGUUUUAUAUACAGAAAGGAACACAUAGAGGCUUAUUCAGAAGUGUUCAAAAGACGCUUAAAUUUUUCCAGACAUUUGCUUUGCUUGAGGUAGUCCACUGUGCAGUUGGAAUAGUUCGCACAUCUGUGCUUGUGACUGGGGUCCAAGUGAGUUCAAGAAUCUUCAUGGUGUGGUUCAUUGCACAUAGUAUAAAACAGAUCCAGAAUGAGGAGAGCGUUAUUCUUUUUCUGGUCGUAUGGACUGUGACAGAGAUUACUCGAUAUUCCUUCUACACAUUCAACCUGCUCAACCAUUUGCCAUACUUCAUUAAAUGGGCCAGAUACAACUUUUUUAUCAUUUUGUAUCCUGCUGGAGUUGCAGGUGAACUGCUAACCAUAUAUGCUGCUUUACCCUAUGUGAAGAAAACAGGAAUGUUUUCACUGAGACUUCCCAACAAAUAUAAUGUCUCCUUUGACUACUAUUACUUCCUUAUUAUUGUCAUGUUCUCCUAUGUGCCAUUAUUUCCACAACUCUACUUCCACAUGCUGCGGCAGAGAAGAAGGGUGCUUCAUGGAGAAGUGAUUGUGGAAAAGGACGAUUGAAUCAAGCCGUGUAACUAUGGUGCUUUUAAUGGAAAAAAAAAAAAGGGUAAAAAACCAAAACUUCCUGUGAUUUUUAUGAGUCCAAGUUUUAAAACAUGGAACAAGAAUAAACAACUGUGCAUAAAAUAGCAUGGACUGUAUUAUUUUUACGUUUAAUAUAUCUUCAGACUCACCUUUUAAUCCUUGGUUUCACUUUAAUUUUUAAUUGUUCGUUUCUUCAGACAAAUUAUUUUCUUAUUUUCAGUAGGUUUGCAAAUAGCUAUAAGAAUUGGAAUAGCUGACUACUGUGCUUUCUACUCUGAGAGUUCUGUUAUGAUCUGUAGUCAUCAUCAAGAACAGAAGGAGAGCUGAUAAGUUGUACUGAAAGUGAGUCUUCUGGAAAACAGAGCAUAAAUUAAGUAAUGGUGUUUUUCAUAGACUAGGUGGCUUAAAUGUUAUUUAAGCUUUAUAUUAAAUAAUACCUUUCCAGUUAUAAGUACUGUUAGCAUGUUGUUCAACAUUCUUUGGAUUACAGGAUUACACUGUAGAAUUCCAGAAAGACUUUUGAAAGGAGGUGAAUUCUUGAUUGUCAGUGCAAAUUUAGAACUCUGUAUUUUCGUUUGUAAUCUUAAAGGUAUGUAGAAUGAUAUAAUAUUAACUGGUUAAAAGCUUGUGCUGAGGAGUAGACUUGAUGAGCUUACCUUUCUCAGAUCAGUGGCUGGAAUGGGACUCGUUUGCAGAGGAAGACUGAUUGUCAGCUUGUUUCCUAUUCUACGUUUAAUUAUGUAUGCAGAAAAAUUAUGGUAUUGCAUUUAGAAACUGUAGCUAUAGUGAGAUAAUUAACUUCUUAUAAAUAGCUAAGUAGGAUAAAGUGUAUUUGAAAUAGCACCUUAAAAUAUAAAUCGUGCUUUGAAUCAUCCCAUUGUGCAAUUUUAAUUACUCCCUCCCCAUUAGUUGUUUAUACGGUGUUGACCUAAUUCUAUUUAAUGUCUUCAGUAAUCUGCAAGAGGGAUCUACAGUAUAUUAAUAAAAGUUACAGAUGAUAUUACAUUAUAUGGUACCUGAAUGGGAGAGGUCUAAUGAAUUAGACGCAGCCAAAGAGAUUUGGAGAAAAGUUAAUGCAUUUGAGGAAACUUGGAUACUUAGUGAGAGAGAGAGAAGAUUGAAAUAUAAUAGUGUAGUAAGAAGGCUUGAUGAUGUGGGCGUCAGAGUUGCUUCUGGCAUCAGGCAGCUGGAAAUCAGAGUACUCCUUAUGAUUGCUGAGGCCAUUUCUGGACUAUAGUCUUAUAUUUUGGGUACCUCAGGGAGGAAUUGAGUCAAUCUUCUGAAAAGUCAGAGAACAGUAACAAAAUUAAUUAAAGUGAGAAAGAAGUCGGAAAGAUUGAGUAGUUAAGCGUGUAUAAUUUUUUGUUACAUGACAAAUACAUGUGAAGGAAGAGGCUUUCUAAGUACGAAGGUGUAACUAGAACCGAUUAUACAAAUUUGAAACAAGAUAAAUAUCCAAUGAAUGCCAGGAGAAAGAUCCUACCAAUGAGAUCAGUUAGGUUAUGGAAUGACACAGUAGUGCUUACCAAUACAUACAAUUUCUUGGAAGGUUUUAAGUUAGAUGUAAUGCAAUAGCAGAAAAGAAUCUUCCUCUGGCAAGAGUUUGAAUUACAUAUUUGAAUAGGCAGUUUCCAUUUUUAGCUUCAAUGAUUCUAUGAUAAUUCAGCUUUUUUGAAAAUUGUAGGUACACCUUUUUUUGGUGUAUCAGAUAAUUUGAUGAAAAAGCAAGGAGUUACUACAUCCCUAACUUUCAAAUUCCAUUUUGUGCCCCAAAUUUGUGAUAUUUAUGCAUGUCUUCAUUAAAUGUAAAUUCGUUUCCUUUUAAAUGACAGGUGCAUAGUGGACUUGAGAUAGAAUAGUUGUAUUUCUUACUAUUUUAAAAGGUGUAAUCUUUGUAUUUUUUAGAACAAAUUUCACACAAGGUGCUAUAAUUUAAUUUAUUACUUCUCUGUUUUAUAUGCAGCUAAAAUUAUUAAAAGUUUAAAAUAUAAACUACAUUUACAACACUGAAUCACAAAAUGGUUGUGUUGCGCGUGUUCAGACUAGCAGUUGUAUUUGUCCAAAGUUCUUAGAGUACUGUUUUAUAAACUUCACUUGCUUUUUGAUUCAUGAGGAACAUCAUGGCAGUUUUUAGAAACAUUUCUCAGUUAGCAAGCAGAAGAGUGGGAUGAAAUGUGAGUAAUUUAAGUUUAGAUUAAGUUCUGUGUCUCUUUUUUUUACUGUCAGGGCAGCUCACUGAAGACCAUAGCUAUCAAUUCAUUGAAAAUGCAUUGGAUACUUUAAGGUUGUAAUCCUUGAUUGGAUGAGUGUAUCUCACAGAUACUAUUCCUGUCAUAAAAGGAAUACCUGUGCUAUAAUACUGUAUUAUAUUUGUUUUCAUUGUGGCCUGAGGAUAUUAUCAUAUGUCAAUCAAGGAGCUAUUUUUAUAUCCUUUUGUACAAGUAACAUGAAAAAAAUACAGCACUGUUUGCUAAAAUCUUGGGUCUGCACUUUCAUAAAGCAACAGUGUACAAGGUAACGAUACAAUUUUAAAAGAGAUUUGCAGCUACAGAAUAGUCUUGCUAAAUGAUAAAUGAAUAAAAAUAAAGCUAAAAAAGACUUAAGUAUUGCAUUCAGUGUUUUAUAGACCAGAGAUUGCCAUGUAGAUUAGUUUACAUGGCACGUACUUUAAGAAAAACCAAAAAACUUUCUUUCUCUUCUUUUUUAAUUGAAGCCAUUCUCUGAAGCCUCACUGUAUACCUUCUCAAAGAUAGUGAGGAUUGCAGGUAAAAAUCCCCUUUCCAUUGACUUCAGAUGGGCCAGGAUUUUAUCCUAGGUAGCUUACUUAAACUUCGGUAUAACAUUGUGAGACAUUUAAUUAGCUUGUUAAAUGGAUAUCAAAAGUUAAGUAUGAUUUUCAUAUGGUGCUCUCUUUCCAACUUCUUUUUGACACCUGUCUUUUUUGUCUUCCUCUCUGCAAUGUUCCUAGUUUUCUAAAGCAUUGAAAUCCUCCUGUUUAUGAAAGAUUAGGAAUGUAUUCAAACAUCACCGUCUUUAAUGUUUUGAUGUAGUCUUUAACCUACUGUUCAUAUGAAGUUGUUUUCGUACUUGUGCUGUAUAUGCCUACUGGAAUGGAUUAAUAUAGAAUAUGACCUUAUCAAGCUUUUUUAAUGACAAUACAUAGGAGUAGGCACUUGGAAGAGAGAUUCCUAUUCAUCAGGUGACAUUUGCUACUAUUGGUAGUAACAUAAACACACCGUCCUUGUUACAAACUCCAGCUGAAAACAGAUGGAUUUCUUGAGGUCCCCCCCUACAUUCACAGGCUGUUCCCACUGGGAAAGGCUGUUCCAGGACAGAUUGGGUGAACCACCUCGUUUCACAGCUCUGCCUGGAAUGUCUGGAGGUCAGAUCGUGGCCUCAGGGCAUGGGCAGUACAAAGGAAUAUGACACUGAGAAAUUGCAUCUCCCACGUUAGCUGCCAAGAGGGUCACUGAGGCCAUUGUGAACAGUAGUUGAUGGAUGUCGUUUCUCUCACCUCUCACCAUGCAGGAUGUGAGAGGAGAAGAUGCUCAAUGUGCUCUCAUACCUUCUGCCUAGGCCCUCGUGAGAUCAGCUGGGAGGAUCUCUGUGCACAAACGGUGUGUUACAGAAAGGGCUUUUCUGCUCCACUUAGUUAUCUUAUUGUUAUUUAUAAGCCUAUAUUUCUUGAAAUGCUGGUAUGCCAAGAUAGCUGUGCCACACUGCUCUCAACAGUAUGGUUGAAAAUUUACAGCCUUGAAGAAAUAGUGCAGUGUGCUGCUUCUGAUUCCCGUUGAGCGUAACAUUUAGCCAGGUUCAUGUUAAUGGACAGAUUGCAGUGACUAGUUAACAGGGAGACCUUUUCUGUGACCAGAGGGAACCUGCCUUUUCUUAACCGGAAAUAAAUAAGUGCAUUUUAAAUCUAGGUCUAGCUACUGCUCUGACUGGGGUACAUGCAGUCUUCACAGUAGCUUACUUUAGUGGGUAUUUGGAUAUUUAUAUGUACUAAAUAAACGAGAGUAAAAACAAAUUACAACCAUGACAAUAAAUUAUAAUUUAAGGUAGUUGCUACAUUAGCAGUUUUUGUGAAUUCAGCUUUUACUUAAUCUGCCUUAGAAAAAAAAAAAAAAGGAAAGUUAAUACAAAUAAGUGUUCUGCACUAGGCAGGAGGGCUUCAUAAAUCAAAAUUUUCAGGCAGGCAAACAGGCUGCAGUUGUUUAUAAAGGAUUGGUUAAAUCUGUUUAUGAACAAAAAUGUUGAAAGCUUUUCUGAAAAUUAAAUUUUAUUUCAUAAUGUGUAUUUUAAAAUGUGCUCAAAGAUACUGUAUUAUUUAUUACCUGUUUAUAAUUUAAAUUCAUGCUGAACAUACACUUUUUAUAGAUGAUUAACUGUAGCCCAUUAAAAUGCUUUAUUCUAUGUUUGCUACAAUGACUGUUGAAGAAACAAGCACCUCAUGUUUCUGCUCUGUGUUCUCUUGCUCAAGCGAGUUGCAGUUUUGUUAGUGCCUACUAAGCUUUGCAAGGUUUUUGGAGUGGCAGGUUAAUGUUUGCCAAGGAUACCUCCUUAAACUUGCUUUCAUGCUGGCACACCUCAGUCGUGGGUGGUACUCUUGGUUCCGUGUCUGGUACUGUACGUCAGAUGCCAUUCUAGGGGUGUUGGGUGCCCUCAGUAGGACCGAAGGCCUUACAGAUGUCAAUGAGUGAUUCAUCCUUAUGAAUUACCAGAUUGAGAAGACCUGUCUUGUGCACUCUUAGGUCACAAAAGUGACAAGUCUGGCAAGUGAACUCAAGGCUGUACCAAGACAAACUGAGGAGGAGCUGGAUGUUGGGUAACUCCAGCCCUCUCAUAGGAACUUGCUGUCAAGUUCAGGCCUGCAACUGCUAGUGGCUUUGGAGUUCUAAAAUGUACAGUACUUUCUGUGUCAUGUUGUAUCAACUGGAACAUGUUGUCUUUUUAUUCACAGCUCUCUUGCUUCUCUGUUCAGUCUUGAAUGUAUUUUAUGUCCUUGCAGUUGACGGCUUUGUAAAAGUGUAAGUACAGAAAUACUUAUCUAAGUGUAUCAUGUAUAGAAUUGUACUUAAAGAUUCUUAAUAAUGUAAAUGCACCGCAGCUGCUCAUUAUUGUUAUUUUUUCUGAAAUGCAUUAUCAUUAGCAGUUUACACAGACAGGAAAACAACACAAUAUGAUACUUUUAAUAACUUAUUUAUUUGCAAAGAUUAUAAGAUUUGUUGAGCUAUAGAUUCAGAUACUUGUUUUAGAGAUUGUUAAUACUGUAGCACUGUAGAAAUUAAUCAUCAAUUAAAAGACAUGUUCUAAACUA